AUGAAGAAGCUUCGACUCAUAUACAGCGAUCCAGACGCCACCGACUGUUCCAGCGACGAAGAAGAAGAUCAUCAUGAAGGCGAAUUCACUCUGCUUCGUUCUUGUGGCAGUGGCAGUGGCGUCAAGCAGUUCGUUGCAGAGAUUUCCUUCCCUUCAUCAUCGGCCGCGGCAGCAGCAGCAGCAGCAUGUGAAGAGACGGAGGAGGAGAGAUGCAAGUCCAGAAUCCACGGCGGAGUCAAGAAGCGUGCAUUGUCCACCAACAACACCAGCAGUACAUACAAAGGUGUCCGGCGGAGGCCUUGGGGGAAGUAUUCGGCCGAGAUCAGGGAUCCGUUCCGAAAGGCGAGGGUGUGGCUAGGAACUUACAGCACGGCAGAAGAGGCAGCUGCUGCUUACCAGAGGAAAAAGACCGAGUUCGAUCAAGCGCUGGAGAUGAAAUCCAAGACCACUGCCACCCACGAGGAGGAAGGGGCUGUGUCUGAGGAAUCGAAUGGCGGUUCCUUCUCUCACCCAUCUCCAUCGUCAGUGCUUGAUGCGGCCACCAGCAAUGACAAUGUUGUUGAUAAUAAUAGUGAUGGUAACGUGGUGGUGGUGGUGGAUGUGGGAUUGCCCUGGAAGCAAGUGGAGUCUGAGAAUGAGGUGCUAAUGAUCGAACCAGAGACAUAUAUCACGAGACCGAUGGAUGUCGACGAUGAGGAUGAUUAUGACGAUGAUGAUUAUGAAGACGAGUACGAGGAUAAUGACAAUGACGAUUGUUGUUUGAGUUACGAGGAUGACGAAAUGCGACCAAUUGAUGAGAUGAUGCCGCCGACUAGUGACGAGGAGAUUGUGAUGGGGAGUGAAGGGUAUGAUUACUGCUGCUAUGAGUUUGGGAGCAAUUUUGGGAUGAUGUUUGAUGAUAUAGUAGGAGUAGGGGAGUUUGUGUUCCCAGGUGAUGAUGAGGAGUUGAAAUUCCUUCCAAUAUUAGAUGGUUUAGGAGGAGGAUUAAUGGAUCUUCCUAACAUUGAGCUAGAGGGUAUUGAUAUUGUUCAGCAGGCUCUCAAUUUUUGA